AUGGCGCCGAAGGCAUUCUGGAUUGGCCUGGGGAAUAUGGGACGGGGGAUGUGCAAGAAUGUUGUAGAAAAGGCCGAUGUCGAACACCCCGUCCUCAUCUACAACCGCACCAAACAGCGCUCCAUCGAGUUCAGCGAGAAGUUCCCCAGCGGCAAGACCGAAGUUGUCGACUCGGUCACUGCGGGCGUUGCCCAGGCUGAUGUCAUCUUCACGAUACUCGCCAAGGACGACGUCGUCGAAGCCGUGGCGGAGGAGAUUUUCAAGGCUGGGGAUAUCACAGGAAAGCUCUUUGUGGAGUGUUCCACCAUCCAUCCCGACACCACCACACGCCUCGCCAAACUCUUCACUGACCGUGGGGCUGAGUUCGUCGCCGCACCGGUUUUUGGCGCCCCAGCCAUGGCCGAAAUUGGCCAACUUGUUGGUGUUCUCGCAGGGCCCGAGGCCUCUGUGGAGAAGGCCCGUCAAUACUUCAAGGGUGUUAUGUCUAGGAACGACAUCGACAUGAGCGGCGAGCCGUACGAGAAGGCUCUCCAGUUGAAAGUGAUCGGCAACACUUUUGUUGCGAACAUGGUCGAGCAGCUCUCCGAGGGCCUGGUUCUUUCUGAAAAGUCCGGACUCGGCACACAGUACCUGCACAGCUUCGUUGAGAAUAUUUUCCCUGGUCCGUUUGUGGCUUAUUCGACACGCAUCCAGUCCGGGGCUUACCACGAGAUGUCGUACCCGCUCUUCCCCGUGGACCUUGCCCUGAAGGACGCCGGGCAUGCACUUAACUUGGCGAAGGCCAGUGGGGUACGCAUGAAGAACCUCGAGGUUGCCAACGCGCACCUUCUCGAGGUGAAGAAGCAUGACGGUGAGAAAGGAGACAUCGCGGGUAUCUAUGGAGCUGUCAGGGAGGAGGCUGGGCUGAAGUCGGUUUACUCUUCUACACUACCAAGAUCGCUCGCUAUCCGCCGUGCAACACCCUUCGCACUAGUGGAAACUUAUCGUCGAACAUUUGCAUCGCACAAUCUUGAAAUACGAAACAAUGGCCAACGGUCGAACCGAACAGCAGGAUGCAACGAGGCUAACACCAACACGCGCAGGUGGAGUGUCAUCAUCGGGCUGGUGAUUGUCGUCGCCAUGUCGCUCGCGGCAUGGUUCUUCUCGCCUAAGGGCGAAAACCAAGUGCUCUGGCGGUCUUCCCUCAUCCUUUCCAUCGCGAGCUGCUUCCUUAUGUGGGCUGUGACAUUCCUUGCCCAACUUCACCCGCUCAUCGAACCGAGACGGUCGGACCUGCGCAAGGAGUACAUUCACCAUUAG